AUGUCUGCCUACACCAAGCCCACCACCACCCUCGCCGACCUCGUCGACACCAAGACGGGGGGUAAGCGCAAGCGCCCCGACACGCACGUCGAGGGCAUCCCGCUCGGCGCGAUCGUAGCCGGUGCUGCGGCGUCCGCGCCGGCCCAGCGCGCCGUGCGUACCCCGCGCCGCAUGGCCGCGGCCGCACCCGAGCCCGCCUCGCCCUCGCCGUCGUGCGAGGACGUCGAGAUGAGCGACUCGGCGUAUGAUGCCGACGAGUCGGACGAUGACGACGAUGAGGACGACGAUAUCCAGAUCAUCAUGUAG